CCGGGCGGCGGCGGCAUGCGGCUCCUGUUCCUGGCCGUGCUGCGGCGGCACACGGGCAACGCCGUCACGGCCGAGCGCGUCCGGGACCACCUGGAGGCUGCAGGCCACGUGUGUAUUCUGAAAGAUGCCUCCGACUUGGAAAGCUCGUCUGAAAUCGCCAAGCUCAUCGAGGCCGAGAGCCUGGAGGCAGCAGUGGCCCUUCAUCUGUACAGAGGAGGCAGACUCCUGCAAGGUCACGGGAUUCCCUUUGGAAUCAUCUUCGGUGGAACCGAUUUAAAUGAAGAUGUUAACCAUGGAGAGAAGAAGAAAGUGAUGGGGAAAGUCCUGGAAGAAGCCAGAUUUGCCGUCGCCUUCACAGAGUCAAUGAAGGAAAUGGCACAAGCACAGUGGCCGCAUGCUAGGGGUAAGAUCUAUGUCCAGAGUCAAGGAAUCGUGACAGGACCAAACUCUGCCUUUAACUGGAACACCUUUCUUCACCAGUCAGGGAUUAACCAAAGUGCCGAUAAUUUACACAUCUUCCUCCUGGUGUGUGGGCUGAGACAAGUGAAGGACCCUCUCUAUCUGGUGGACGCGUUCUCAGAAUGGCAUCGAGAAGAGCCUAAUGUUUACAUGGUGAUCGUGGGUCCUGAAGUGGACCCGGUGUUUACAAGGGAAGUGGGAGCCAGAGUAAAGAGGGCUGCGGGCGUGCGGCUGAUCCGAGAGAUGCCCCAGGGAGACCUACACGCAGCGCUCAAGAACUGCUUCGCGGUGGUGAACAGCUCAGUCUCUGAGGGCAUGUCUGCGGCCAUCCUGGAGGCGAUGGAUCUGGAAGUUCCCGUGCUGGCCAGGAACAUCCCCGGGAACGCGGCAGUGGUGAAGCAUGAAGUCACAGGGCUGUUGUUCUCAGACCCUCAGGUCAGGUCACUUCUGCUGGUGACUGGCGUUCCGACUCUCAGACACGGAGCCGCGGCAACUCACAGAGUUAAGUCAAGGACUUCCUUUGAUUCCAACACCUCUACGUUGGUUUUUACAAAGGAUGUUUUUAAAAAAUGAUUUGGAUUGCCCAUGGUGUGGGGGGGUGGCGGCUGUGUUUUUUAACAGACUUGAAAAAGCGCGCUAGACGCGGCUGUCACGCACGGCGUUGUUUGUCUUCUUUGCGGUUGGGACCAGACUUGCCCAAGCCCAGAGUGGGAGCUUCCUUCCAAAGCAACAUGCGUUUUAAAUAAACCAGCACCUCUGGUUAUAGUCACGUCAACCGAGGGGCUCCAGUGGGACCGGCCGCUGCCUGGCUAGUUCAGCGCUAGCCCUCGGUCCCCGGGGACGGGACGCAGAAACGUGACGAGGCCCCUGGCUCAUGGGCUCCAUACCCCGCUGGCCCGCCCUUCCACCCUUCGAAGCAGAAGACACGCUUCGCAUAGGUUUUGUCUGAAGGGCAUCAGUGGUUCUCGGGGGGCAUCUGUAUCCUCUGGCUCAUUUUGUGAACCUUUUAUUAAAACUAACACAACAGCAGGGGCAGAGACGUGACCUUUCCCCCGAGAGCGUAGCCCAUACUCGGCGACGGUCCCCAUCAGGGCCCUCACUCCCUGACCCCUUCCCUGUGCACCCGUCGCCCCGUCUUCACGCUCCGUGACAGCCAGCCUGCCCGUGGCCGGGGGGGGCCAACCGCGUGCUGAGUCCUGAGGGCUCACGUCUUCCCGGCAUCGGGUUCGGAGCCAAGCCAGCUCUGUGUGCAGGCCUUCUCCCGGAGCCCCUGGUGGUGCCCAUGUCUGGCCCCAGAAGGUAAACGAUCAGGGCGGUGGCGGGAGCCACGGUCAUACCUGGUCAGCCCGGACAGCAGAAGUGAGGUCGGGGGAGGAGGUGCGUGACAUAUGCGCGUGGCCGGGAGCAGGGAGAGGGAAGAGAAAAGAAGCGGGUGUGAAUGGGGCUCUCUCGGGGCCAGGUGGCUGGUGCCCUCAUGUGUGGGGCACACGGUGGAGACCACACCCCCCUGGGGGGAGUGAGGGCCAGCCACCCCGGGCCCUCGGCUGGACUCACUGUCGUUGUCGUGUUUGAAGACAGGCUGGAAAUCCCACAUUGUACUUGGCUUUUACCAAUUUGUAAAUCUCGAUAUUUCGGUUUUUAAAGUCAUUAAACACAGCACGGGCCUGUCCCAGCAUGCAGGGGAAGACUGGCCGUGCAGGCCGCCGGCUUGAUGUCUGCUCCGGACGAGGGCGGACCCGUCUCUGCAGGAAGGAGAGAUGGACAUUCCCAGCGAGGUCGUGUCCCAGGUGGCGCAUUCCUAGGCCCGAGGCUGCGUCUUGCCCUCCGGGCCGCAGGGUCUCAUGAGCCAGAAAGAGGAGUUUGGGCGGGAAGGACAAGAGUGGCGGGUUCUCCCGAGUCUGUGCGACAAGGUACGUGAAUCGGUUCACGCACCAGCUGUGUAAGGCAGAGGACUUUUACUGAGCCUCCUGUGUGGCAGGCGCUGAGCUCAGUCCUGGGGACAAAUGCUGGGAGAGAAAGGGUCCAGGCCCCCUGGGGCUCACGGUCUAGGCAGGUGGUGGCAGGAUAGGGCAGUGUGUCCCUUUCAUGGCCCUCAGCACGAGGGGCACCACCCCUGAUGGGAGGCUGGCCCCGUGCUUCACAGGGAUGGACUCCUGUCACGCUCACAGGUCCUGCCUGCGGUGGACAAGGCCGGUGUGGAAAGAGGGAGGUUCCCUGCAGGGAAGGGCACUGGGGGUCGGCAGGGCCCCGCGCGCGGAAGCUGGGGUGCGUGAGGGCGUGCGCCGCGGGAGAGCUGGAGGCAGUGCAGUGCGCCGCAGGGAACAGCAUGAACGAACGAGAACUCACGAGUAGGGUGCCUGGGACUCAGGAACGUGGAGGGCAGAGAUCUGGCGGGGUCCCCGCGGUCUCCGUGUCCUGGUGUUAGGCUGUGAUUGUUUACAUGGUACAUUUUUUAUAGGAAAGUUGACAGCAUAAAAAUUAAGAAGUGGCCACAAUUGGCCAUUUGGAGACAGCCUCCUCUUUCUCCAGGACACGUGCGCACAUGGCCCACCCCUUCCCGCGUGGACGGGCCAUUCUGUCGCAUCUUGGUUUGGUGACACGUCGUGAGCUGCUGUUGUGUCCACAGCCACGGGACGGAGUCUCGCUCCCGUGGAUGUAGAGACAGGGCGCCUUUUCUCCCCGGGGUGCCGCACAGCAGGGGUCGCGCGUGAGUCCAGCACAGCAGGUGGGGGGCGGGGCAUGCUGACCCGAUGCCUGGGUUCCUUGCCAAGUACUUCCUCCUGCUUUGUUGGGGCCGUUCCCGGAGCUGGUGGUCCCGGAAAGCGUGGCCUUCAGCUACCGCCCCCCGGGGAGGCACGGCUGGUGGCUGAGGUUCGAGGGAAGGAGAGCGUGACCGCCCCGAAUGAGGCUGUGUGCGGACAUCAGUGUGCACGAGGGCAGUGGCUGUCACCCUCCCCUAUGGGUUUGUGGGCCGAGGCGGCCACGCCCGGGCUCAGCAGGACAGCGCUGAUCAGGAGGCUUUGUGGGGGCCGGAGGCGGCCUUGGCCGGGCUCUGCCCUGACCCCCGGGCCUGCCUCCCACAGCCCGCCACGGCCAGCCUCGUAUCUCGUGUCCCCGAAGUGCGGCCGGGCUACCUUCAUGGCCGCUUUCCUUACGCAUUUCUUGAGGGCUUUGCUCUUUCUGGCUCACUCUGUGAGGCUCCUGACCCUGCUGUGGUCACCGUGCAUCCCCCAGAACCGUCCCCCGGCCACCUCUCCUCCCAACGCCUUCUCUCCCGUUCUGGUCUUUGCUUCCCGAGACCGGAGGCUGAACGGUCUGAGUGUAAUUCCCGCUUCGGCCACUUUGCCUCUUACUGUGUGACCCUGGGCACAGUUCCUGGACCUCUCUGUGCUCCUGCCUCCCUGUCUGUGCGAGGAGCCGUGAGAACAGCGCAGAGUCCCCGUCCCUUUCUGCAAUUCCGGAAUCCAGAAAAGCGCUUGGAAAACAAUCUAAUUUUCCGUGAGCUUCGUGCCAAAACCGACUUGGCAGCGAAGUCGUAUCUGAGCCAACGCGAAGUUAUUUGUGGCUUUGUUUAUCCUGCUUAGGGUGACCGUUUGGACGUUCUGAUUCGGAAAUUGUGGUUUGUCGCGUACGGGGCGCCGUCUGAAGCCACCGCAGGGCGCGCGGAAAUGGAAAAGGGCACAAACGCCAUCGUUAAAUCCCCCAAAUCCCGGAUUCUGAUCAUGAGCCGCUGCCCGGCAGAGAGCACGUGACAGAUGCCGGCUGCCGUUUGCUGCUGAUCUGCGGCUGGUCCCAGCCCCGCUGGAGGCUCUGGGCCGGACUCCAGCCGUCCUCGCGGAGACGAGAGCGGGAGCAGGCUUGCACCUCCCCGAGGCUCUCUCCUUGACUUGCUCGGGAGCCGGAGAGAAGGAGGAGGGGAUUAGCUUUCCCACCACGUGGAUCACAUGCGCUGCCCUUUCCCCGCCUGUCCCACACAGCCCAGGGGGUCAGAACACGCGCCCAGGCCUCCGGCACGCUGUCCCUCGUCCCGGGGCAUGGCUGGCUUCGGGGGCCUCGUCUGUGGGGUGAGGGGUUGGGCACGAGCCAGGUGCCGUCCUACAAAAUGGCCUGAGCGAGGGGGUUGUUUAAUAGCCCGAAGCUCGGCUUUUAUAUGGUCGGGUCUAGCUUCUCUUGGAGGAAUAAGGAUACAUGGCUCAGAGAAGGUGGUGGGAGGGUAGAACUCUUGAGAACCAUCUAGUUAAGAAGCUGCUGCAAGGGCGUUGCUUUCCAGGGAGGCUUCCCCCCUGCCCUGUGGCGUUAGGGGGACGUUGUUGUGACAAGGGUCCCAACAGGGCUUUAAAUGUGAGUUCUGUAAAACUGCCCCCGCUCGCCAUGCCCUGGACCUUCCCGGGUGCCACCGGGAGAGAAGGCGGGUCAGACGGACUCAGUGGCGAGUUUCCCACCAGCCACGGAAGACUCCUCGGGGAGGAAGGGGACUCAGAAAAUGGCAAACUGCUCGCUGAAUCGUUGGGAAAACAAAACCACGCUCUUUCGCGUUGAGUUUUGUUUUUAACUUAAAAACGUGUGACCUGAGCCCUGGUUUGCACACCUGUGGCCCUGGGGUGGCUCGGGUCCACACCUGCGUCUCAUUUACUUUGCCAUGUCCUCCACGUUUUGCAUUGCUUGUCGGUAUUUAUCGCGAAGAGCUUUUAUGUAAACAUCCGGAAUCUAGGCCUCUCUUGAGGAGCAUGGAGAAUGUGACCUCCAGUCCAGGCCUGUAUUUUCUGUGGCUCGGGUGGGCGCUCGGGUUUCCAACGCUGGCCUAGAACCCUGUCUGGAUCUGGAUCUGUCUUUGAGCUCUCUACGGUGGGAUGUGGGAUGUGGGAUGCCCAUACCUGGCUUCUGUUUUUUUCUUUUCUCUUUUCUUUUCUUUUCUUUUCUUUUCUUUUCUUUUCUUUUCUUUUUUUUCCUUUCCUUUUCUUUUCUUUUUUUUCUCUUCUCUUCUCUUCUCUUCUCUUGUCUUCUCUUCUCUUCUCCUUUCUUUUCUUUCUUAAAGCUCAUUUAUUUUUGAGAGAGAGAGUGGGGAGAGGGGUAGUGCAGAGAGAGAGGGAGAGAGAAAAUCCCAAUCAGCAAAGAGAGAAUCCGCUGACAAUGCAGAGCCCGAUGCGGGGCUUGACCUCACGAGCCGCGAGAUCAUGACCUAAGCUGAAACCAAGAGCCGGGCGCUUAACCGACUGAGCCCCCCAGGCCCCCACAUUUCUGUUUCCUCUUAACUGUCUCAGCGUAUGUCCCCUUCACACCUUUUAACUUAUUCUGAACGACUGUCAAGAGGAGACCGUUACUCUGCAUGAAGCCCCUGAUGAACGUCCCUGCCCCCAGUAUUUGCCCCAUGGGGUGAGAGUCAGCUAGCUGAUCAGUUUUCUGGCAAGUUCUAUGGCCAACAGCUCUGCAGAAUCCAGGGCGCUCUGGCUGGCCCGCUGAUGCCUUGGGACCUGUGCUGGUUUCCGAGGAGCUCUGCUGAAACUCUCACCGCCUCGCUGCCCGGCGUGUUUGGUGAGGCACGCCUCCGCCCCGGUCCUGGCGGGCAUCUCUGUCCACGUGCUGUCGUCCUCAGGCAAGCCAGCUCGGGUUUCUCCAAGCGGUGACCUCAGGGCCCGAAUGCGAGCAGGAGAUGCCCGGGGGCUUUGCGUGGAGGUCAGACGCGUCACCCGUGACACAUCCCCGCCGGUCAAGCAGGGAUUCAAGAGCUGGGGACCCACCCCCACCUCGUAUGCGGGAGGAGUGGCUGAGUCGUACUACAGAGCAGUGUGUAUGUGGGGACGGGGGUUGUGGCCACGCCCUCGUGUGCAGUCGGCCCCGGCAGGUGCCCUGCCAUCUGUCCACCGGCGUUCUUCAGGGUCCAUGGGUGUGCCCUCCUCGUGUGGCCUUGGCGGUCAUGCAGAAGCUGGUUUAGUCCAGAGGAAAAUAGUCCCAGAGCCCCUGGGAGGGAGUCUGACCACCCACCAGUCAGGUUCCCCUUUUCUCUUCCCUGAUACUUCUCUCCCUUUACCUCCGCCACUCACCCAGGGUUUUGUUAUGUGAUGGCCACGGUAUUUCUGAUUCCCCACCUGAGCCUCUCGUGCUAAUUUAUUUAAGUCUGCGUUCUGUUUGGUCUUCUGUGCUGAGAGGAGACAGUGCACUUUGUCACAUUCCAUCCGUACAAGCUCCAUCAUUCAGGAUUUUGCUGUCAAACGGUCACACAUUCUGUAGAAAUCAUAAAGUCCGUGCGUUAGAUAAAUCCAAGAUAUGACCAGAGUCGUAAAAUAAUAUGCCAAAGCCAUAAGCCUCUCGAAUAAUUUUUAUAAGAAUGUUGUUCUACUAUAAGGUGAGAAUAAAUAUGUUACAUUUUUAUUAUAAAAGAAGACCCAUUUACUAAAAACUAUAUACAUAACACAUAAAAAUAUAAUUCCACUCUAUCGUAAAUAUCGCUGUUUAUAUUGCUAGCUAUAAAGGGCAUUCAACGUUUAAUUAACAAUAAUUUUGAGAGUAUGUGGACAUUCCUUUUAAACAGCAAAGCAUCGUAUGUUAAUCCAAGUCCUGGCUGUCUUCUUGGCGUUUGCACAGGCUUCCUGGAGUCCUGGAGACAGUGAUGGCCAAGCGUGUGCCGGGCUGUGCCCGGGGCCCUCUGUACUGACUCGUUCAAUCCCAUAAGCAUGUCACGAAGCAGAUGCUGUCAUUGUCCCUCAGUUACAGAUGAGGAAACACAGGCACAGAGAGGUUAGGAAGCGUCCCCAUCUGGAGGUGGGGUGUGAGGGUAAACGCAGCCCUCCUGGCUCACGGACUUGGCUCUUGGCUGAAACGCAGUAUUAACACGUAUGCGUGUGACCCUCCUCUCUCUGAAUACUGUUGAACAACCGAACAGUAAUCAUUCUGAUUCUUUCCAGUUUUGAAGGGCUCUGAUAUUCGAAACCCAUCAGCAGGACCGCACUUGCGUUAGUGACGACUGUCUGAGGCUGUCAAUAGAUAACGUCAAUAGAUAGUGCAGUUAGUUAACGGAGGAAAAGCCCAGAAAACCGAGGACAUUCGGUCUCCUCUCCCUCCUUCGCCCGGGGAGUCUGGGGCAGGGUUGGGCUGACCCAUCUGGUGCCACUGACCCUGAAGAGAGGGUAAGUGUGAGACUCAGAGAGUUAACUGGCUUGGCCAAAGGCACACAGCUCACUUAGGUCCUGCAGAAGCAUUUGAGCCCAGCUCUGACUCUGCAGCCUGGCACUCUCCCCCCACGGCAGAGCAUCUGAAGACAGGCUCUGUGCCCGGGAGAGAGAAAGGAAGGCCCAGCACAGUGGGAAACCGAUGGGGCAGGGGUAGCAUCGGACAGCGUGUGGGGCUCAGAUCCUGGAGCAGGACCCAGGUCACCUCUCAGCCGACACUCAUGAGCGAGGGACCAGAGAGCGGACCUAAGAGUCGUUGCAGAGGAAGGAAACAGCAGCUGUCGGCAAUCCAGGGAAGAGAGGGGGGAGGCAUGGUUGGUGGCUCCGCGAGCUUUCCCCGGAUGGUCACCCAGCACGUGUGUGUGUUUGCUUACGCCUGUCUCUCUCCCACCCGUCCC